UUUUCCGUCCGACUAGCAACCGUCUAAUCAAUCACAGCGCGAGGAAUUAAGGCUUGACCAAUCAGAGCGCCUUGUGCUGCUGCCAGCCAGUAACAUUGGCCUGUAGUGGGAACACUGUUGCUGGGGCAGACUCUCAGGGCCGCUCGGGGGCGGGGCUAAAACGGUAGUGAAAUAAAACGGUCUCUCGUGUUGGUUCCUAAUCGCGGUGGAUGGAAGGAGACGUGAGCUGGAGACAUGGAGAGUGAGGAUCUAUUCAGCUUAUAUGGUUAUCGUGGACCUUCUCUUACAAACCACUCUACAAACUGUGAUGAAUCUUCCAUGUUCUACACCCCUUGGUCUACGUACCCUUAUGAAAUAAAGCCAACAGCUUCAACACAGGCCAAGACCAAGGUUCAGACUGAAAAGAGCAAGUAUGGAAGUGAAGCAGAUCUUUAUGGCCUAGUGUCCAAUAUUCUAGAUGAGCCAAACAAAGCACAGUCAUUUGUAGAUGGAGAGUUUUGUUCUCCUAUUUUGAAAUCUGAAUGGCCAUGUAAUAUAAAUAAACUAUCGGAUCACCACAACCUAUUCCCAGAUUUAAGACAAUCUGAGGAUGUGAUCAGUCUGCAGCAGAGUUUACAUGGUACAGAACCUGCCCUCAAUACAGAAACACAAAAAGCGGAGAAUCUAUACCAUGGAUUAAAUGAUUUGGAUAAAGAUGAACAUUGCCUAUAUAAGUACAAGACUGAUUCUUCACAGAAUUUUAAUGUCAGUGCCAAAAUAAAUCCCCUUAGGUAUUUUAAUCCCAAUAGCUUUUUCUUAUCUGAACUACCCAACGACUCCAUUCAGAAGAGAGAUACCAUAGUUUCACCACUGAACAGAUAUAACCUUAAGGAAGAAGAUAAUAGUUAUGAUAUGAGCAAUCAUAGUAAAGCCAUGCACAAUAAACAUACCAUGACUGGCUUUCAGAAUGUGAAAUCACGCAUUAAUUUAGCAUCUGAAUUACCUUUCCUAGAUGCAGAUACAUACAGUAACUUGUUCCCAGCAAAAAAGAAUUGCCAAACAUUUGACAAUCCUAUACCAGACCAAAUGAUUGCUAUCCCAAAGACAACACACCUAGUAUCAUAUAGACCUUUUAUGAAACAUUCCAUAUAUGUGCCCGAGUAUGAUUAUGGCUGCAAUUUGGGGGGAAAUAAUAUGACAUUUACUGAUCACUUUCAAAAGCCCACACCCAAGCAAGAACUCCAAAAUCCAGACUUCAUAAAGUCUUCCUGCCUUAUGUCUUCCAUCUGUAGCAAUGACUUGAACAAAUUAUCGUGGACAAAUGGCCGGAUGGAGAGAAGCUCUCAAAACCUGUACAACAAUCAGGUGAGGUCAAGUAAUCCUUUAAUGAUGCCUCAGAAACACCAUGGAAUUGUUUCGCACUAUUCUAAUUCAUACUCUCCACUUAUAUCUGGUGGGAGUACCCAAAUGUUUUCCAGUGAAAAUCGCUCAUAUCCAUCCUUAGACCAUGGUUACAGUAGUGCUGACAAGACACUGGAGGAUAUUGACAAAACUACAGAGGAAUCUAACUUUGAGUCUGUGGCUGAAAAAAGGCUGAAGACUUUAAAUGGUAUAUAUGAGAAUGCAUCAAGUGUAUACAACUCUUCAGAGAGAAAUGUCAAGAAGACCACUUCAGAGAAGAAGCAGAACAUAUCAUUUUGUGUACAGAACAAGGGGUAUUCUAGUAGUGCUCCUAGAUACAGUAAUCUAAUGAAUAGAAGUGUUGAUAAUAGGUCACUAAAUAGCAGCAAACUAACCCUUCCACAGAAUAUUUAUUUAUCCAAUGGACUGCUGAUGGGUGACAUGGGAAGCAAUGUAAUCUCUUCUAGUAAAUUCAGGUUGCCCCUUUUUAAUGACUUGGUUCACAGCAAUUACCCAGUUAAUGACUGCCAUGAUCCAUAUUCUUAUGAAAACCAGAGCCAAGUGUGGCCACAGAUCUGUGACCUUGUGGAUCCCUCCCUUCAAGUCUCAGGAGCUAUGUUAAGCACUCAGAGGUCAAUGAAGACUAGAAAUCUACCUGGAAGUGAACUUCGCCUUCGUCUGGACAAUUGUUAUGAACAGUGUAGAACUCUGGAAAAGGAAAGGAAAAAGACGGAAGCUCUUCUUAUGAAAUACUUUCCCGGGAUGAAGGUUUUUAGCACAAACAAUCCUCCUAUCCCAAGAUUGACUGCCAACCCCUCAAGAGUAGACCGCUUGAUAGUGGAUAAUUUACGUGAACAAGCCAGAGUGGUAGCUCUACUAAAUAAAAUGGAACGCUUUCGGAGCUCACCUCUCCAUGCAAACAUCUCUACAACACUUGACCACUACUUAGAGUCCAUUCACAAUGUUCAAACUCAGCGUAAGAGUGAGAUCAUGAAUACAUCGGAUCAUCACCAGAAGCACUGCAGACCUCGCCAGAAUGAUGAAGAUGUCUUCUUCCUUGCAUCCUUAAUUAGAAAAAUGGCUAUAGCAACACGUAAAGCUCGAACUGCGUUGUGGUGUGCCUUGCAGAUGACUCUGCCAAAAUCUCUACAUGCACAAAGUAGUGGGGUACUGGAGAAUUGAGUAUCCUAUGUUAAAGAUAUUACCUUGGCAAGAUUCAGAAUUUUGCCAGUAUGUUUGGUGCUCUCCUUCUUUUGAUGUUUAUAGUGUCUGAUUUAGAUUUUGAUUUUAUCCCUUCUUUUGGUGUUUAAAUAUACUCAGUACAUAUAGCCUAGACAUAAGCAUCUGCAGGCUAUAUAAUUCCUACCAACUGCUAUUGUAAGAAAAAAUAUUCUAUGUGGUAUAAUAUGUUUUAAGUGGCAUUUGUUUGCAUAAAAAAGUGCAAUGUAGCUCAGCUUUCCCAUAUAAUAGCAAAAAACAAUUUGCCAAUGCAUUUAGUCAAAAGGUAUAUGAACCUUUGGCACAUGUUGUGCCUAUUAUUCCCAAUGUACCCUUUCAAAAUAUAGACCCCUGAACCCUAUUAUGACAUUUACACUAAAUGGAAAAAGCAGUGUCCUUUUGCCAUUGGAAGAGGUGACUUAGUCAUGGGACAACGUAGUCGAGGCACCAUUAAGAUAGGGGGAUUCAUCAUGAGUUCAGGCAGAACUCAUAAUCUGUUCUUUCUUAUUAGGACAAUUGGUUUAUCGAGAGAACAAAGUUGUUAGUUUGAUUUAUAAGUAAGGAUAAUUUUCUUAAAUUAUAAUUAAGCAUAUUAAAACAUAACUACUAUGAGCUACUGAUGUAGAGGAUAUGAAACCAGUUUAUAUCUAAUUGCUGUUAGAUUGGCUGCAGUUCAACUAAGAAACUAUGAAGAGAACCCAUCAACUGGUUUGAGGACAUAAAAUUACUAGCAAACCUUUAUGCAGCCAAAGUGUCCCAAAACUACUGGUAUGAUACCCACUUGUUCUGGCAAUGUAAUUCAGUUUGUCAUUUUAUUCACAGGCAGUGGAGUCCCAUCAUCUCAUCUCUGAUGCUGGUGAAUAGUGAUGAUGAGAAAUCUUUGCUUUAUUACACAUGUGUAAUGAAGUGAACUCUUUUCUGCUUCAUCGGCAUAGUGUGCUGUGCUGGAAGUCAGGCAUGUGAGUACAGGACUGUGCUUCUAGUGAUUAAAAGGACACAUUCGCCCAGAUAUAUCACUCUGUUGGAGACAAAAACUGAAGUGAUUUGCUCAUAUCAACCAAUCACAGCUCAGCUUUCAUUUUACUAGAUCUCAUUAAGAUAUGAAAGCUGAGCUGUGAUUGGUUAAUGUGGGUAAAUCACUCCAGGUUUUUGUCUCCAACAGAUUGAUAAAUCUGGGCCUCUGUAUGACAAUGCCAGAAACAGGUGGGCAUCAUACAAGCUGCAUAAAGAUGUGCUAGUAAUACCCAAAACCAGCUGACAGGUCACCUUUAAGCAGUCUAGCUUAGCAUUCAGAUUGAUUCUUUUUUUUUCCUAAUAUAGAUUUAACAACUGGUGGUAAAAAGUAGUAAUUUGAUUGGUUGCAGUGGUCUAAUGUUCUGCAUUUUGUUUAUUAUAUAAAAAAAAAACAUUAUAUGUUAGAUGCUCUAUGACUGGAAGUUAAGUUACCUGUGUGUAUGCAAGCAAGCAAGCACAAACAUUGCAAUCCAUCAUCAAUUAGAUAUGUAUUUAAAGGAUCAGAGUAUUUAUUCACAUUCUUAAAACACGGUUUAAACAUUAUUAAUCGUAUUCCAACCCUAUUUUAAAUUACUGAUUAUUCCAACCCUAUUUUAAAUUACCAUUCUUAUAUAUUGUAUGAAGUGAGUAGUGUUCUAUUAUUGCUGCCCAUGCAAAAUUGCAUUUUACAAGUUUUUUAAUUACCAUCUAAUCAAAAUUCUACCUUAUAAUCUUUAAUGGGUAAGCAGAAAUGAUAACUUACCCUUUGGUAUGGCUUAUCACAAACAGGGUCUCUGACAACCACUUUUGAAACUGAUUGUGACUUAAUGGAUGGCCUCAUUCCCUUCUCUAAAGAUUAAAGGGCUUAUCCUGUAAUAGAAAAACAGA